AUGAACAGACAAAUGCGACGCCGUAAACAUAUCUUUCCUAGAAGAACGCUGCGCUAUUUGCCAGCUAAUCACCCUCUCCAUGCAGGCAAGGCAGCAGAAAGCCACAGCAUAGAAACCCUCUUCCCCACAUUAGAGUCCCAGUCAGCAACAGCAGCAACAUUAGCGGCAGCAGCAGCAGAAAAUCCAGAGGAGAGAAGCUCCACGGGGGAUGUUGUGCAGCAGCAACAGCAGCAGCAGCAGCAGCGGCAGAAGCGAUACCGGCGGCAACCCGGGGGUUUUUUACAUGAUGAAGAUAACAACGCUUUGUACAGCGAAGAUAUGAGUUAUCUAUCGAAGCCAGAGAAAGGAAAAGGGCGUGUUUGGGUUGCAAAGCGACGUCACGUUCCCUUGGGGAGGAAGCGGCUGCUGCUGCUGCUGCGGCUUAUUAAGGGGCUGCACCUAACAGACGCUUUGGAUUGGCUGCAAGCCCUCGCGCUGCACCGAGCAAAUGCGCUUCUCAACCUCUUAACAAAGGAGCAGCUUCGCAUGCGGGAUCAAGGCGCAGAUAUCUCUAGGGUCUUCAUUGACAGCUACAUCAUCGGACCUGCUGGACACGUCAAAACCUUGCGGGUUGGUCACAAUUAUAGGGUUUCUUUUCUGAAGUCUUACCGCUACUACGUAGCCAUUCGCUUACGGGAGUUGCCUUUGCACGAGUAUUUCCACCGGCUGUUCAUUUUAAAACAAGUUCCUCGCAGCAUGGGUCAUGACAUGCGCCUGGCCCUUCGCCAGCAGCAACUACCGCAGGAAGCAGCACGGGAUUGGCUGCCGUACCUCGAUGCGCACACCCGAGCUCAACAUAAGCGGGUGCGUUAA